GGGAAUCAUAAAUAAUCUGAGCAAUGAUGAUGAGUACUUGCUUGGAGCACUUUGGAGAAUUUUGACGAGUAUACUCAUUCUGUAUAUUUGUGAUACUGUUUUGGUUGGUGCUUGCUCUGGCUUCACUUUUAAGUUGGUCUGCCUAAAGAGUAGCUUCUUACACUAAUUUUUACUGUCAAGUAAAUAGAAAAGUUCGAUAAUUCAAAUGUCUUUUUGGCCAGUUACCUUGAAUGGAUUAUGCAACACAUUAAAUAAGGGAGCCAACUUAGCAUCACAAUAUCAACAAAAAGGAAUUAUUUCUAGGUGUUCAUUUCAUGCCUGUGACUCUUUCUCUUGAGUUUUUGCCUUGCGUUGCGAUGAUUGUGCAGUAUGGGUACUUAUUUGAUACUAAAUUAACUUUGAGAAACUUUUUAAGAUAAGAGUUAAUGAAGAGGCUUUAAUUAAACAAAUGACUUAAUUGAAGGGUCAAUUUUAGGGUUAUUUAUAUCAAUCUAACUAUUAAAAAUUGUAAAAGUAAAUUCUAAUCUUAGUGGAGCUAACGGUAGCCCAAAAAAAAAAAAUCAAUGGGAAGCCUUUAGGCGGAAUAGAGGAUUAUGGAAGUUCUUUUGUUUUUUCAAUUCAAAUUUUACUAUAAUUUUAGUGUUUGUUACUCAGCUUUUACCUCAACAUUUACUAACCCUUGCAUAGCCACUAGUUUCACAUAAGACCAUAACCAGUUGCAUGUCUUACUUUAAUUUUGUGAAUUGUGCUGCCAUAAGCCUAAUAGUAAUGGAUUUACUUGGCCAAACUGUAUGGCGUGUGGUGACCACAGGGAACUUUUUGGCUAAACCAUGUGUCAUAUUGACUUAAUGAUACUGACCAUCUAGGGAAAUCAUAAUGUAGAGAUUUUCAAAGUUUAUGGUUCGCGGUUGCCCAACAAAUCCCUGUGGAGCAAUCAGCAAUGAGAUAAGUAGUGGUUCAAAGCCAUGGAUCGAGGUCUGCCUUGGCUUUGUUUUUUCUUGUUAGGUCUCUUUUAUUUCCAUGCGAUGUUUUCUGUUUUGUUUGGUUCAUAACCCUUUGAAAAUCAAAAGCACGCUUUAUAUGUUAUUGUGUAACCCAAAUGGUGAUGGAAGGAGCAUGCUGCAAGGGCCAACUAACCUUGUGUUGUGAUAGUAUGGCUUCCACAACCUCCAGAGUUUCAGAGUUUUGGAUGGCCUGUACUCUGUAGGAACUUCCAAGCAUUGUCAAAUGCAGAGGAUGGAUGUUAAUCUUUUGGCUACCUUGUGCAGUUGAUCUGUACUCUCUGGAAACUUCAACAAAGGUUGGAUGUUAGUCUUUGUUAGUCUUUUGGCUACCUUGUGCAGUCUCUCUGCCCGCUGUUUUAUUGCUUCUACACCUGUUCCACUCUUGGCUGCCAUUUGAAGGAGUCCAGGAAACAGGAAUAAGGUCCUAAGCUAACAGUUUCCAGAGGUUGUGCCUCGGCCCGUCACUUACCUUUUGCAGACUCUAUUAUCAGUUAGCUAGUUUUCCAUAUUUUUGCUGGUAUUUAAACUUUAUGCAUUUUUAUUUCGUGUUCUCUGUUAAGUUUGUUUACAUAUAUACGGAUGAAUAUUUAU